UAAUCACGUGGGGAGGGGCUCCGUUCGAUCAGCCGGGGCUGGCGUUCGGACUGUCAGUGCGGACUGACAGAGGCUGCUGCGAGCACCGAGGGAGCUUGGUACAUCCCCUUCGUCGACGUUGCACUCUCGAACAGAAAUUAAACUAAACAAUGUCAGGUAAAAAGAUCCAAGUUGGUUCUGUGGUGGAAAUGAAAGGAGAUGAGAUGACCAGAGUUAUAUGGGAACUGAUCAAAGAGAAACUCCUCUUCCCCUAUAUGGAGAUAGACCUACACAGUUAUGACUUGGGAAUUGAGAACCGUGAUGCUACUAAUGAUCAAGUGACCAUCGACGCUGCUGAAGCUAUUAAAAACUAUAAUGUAGGAAUAAAAUGUGCCACCAUUACUCCUGAUGAAAGCAGGGUGAAGGAAUUCAAGUUAAAGAAAAUGUGGAAAUCACCCAACGGAACCAUCCGCAACAUACUUGGUGGCACAGUGUUUCGAGAAGCAAUCAUCUGUAGGAAUAUUCCUCGGCUGGUAUCUGGCUGGAUCAAGCCGAUCAUCAUUGGACGUCAUGCAUACGGUGACCAAUACAGAGCUGCAGACUUUGUUGUGCCUGGUCCUGGUUCAGUUGAAAUUAAAUACACGCCUGUUCAUGGUGAGCCCGUCACCUACUGUGUCCAUAAUUUUAAAGAUGGGGGAGGAGUUGCUCUGGGAAUGUAUAACACUGACUCCUCUAUUAGAGACUUCGCUCAUAGCUCCUUCCAGCAAGCUCUUGCUAAAGGUUGGCCUUUAUACAUGAGCACAAAGAAUACCAUACUGAAGAAAUACGAUGGACGAUUCAAGGACAUAUUCCAGGAAAUCUAUGAAAACCAAUACAAAGCACAGUUUGAGGCCAAAGGAAUCUGGUAUGAACACAGACUAAUUGAUGAUAUGGUAGCUCAAGCACUAAAAUCUGAGGGUGGCUUCGUUUGGGCCUGUAAAAAUUAUGAUGGUGAUGUGCAAUCUGAUUCUAUUGCACAAGGGUAUGGCUCACUGGGAAUGAUGACUAGCGUAUUGCUUUGUCCUGAUGGUAAAACAGUAGAAGCUGAGGCAGCCCAUGGUACUGUUACACGCCAUUACCGUAUGCACCAGCAGGGCAAAGAAACCUCAACCAAUCCAAUUGCUUCCAUCUUUGCUUGGACUCGAGGACUAUCCCAUAGAGCAAAGCUGGACAAUAACUUGGAGCUACAGACAUUCUGUACUUUAUUAGAAGGAGUUUGUGUAGAAACAAUUGAAUCUGGUUUCAUGACCAAGGAUUUGGCUGCAUGCAUCAAAGGACUACCAAAUGUGCAACGCUCUGAUUAUUUGAAUACCUUUGAAUUCAUGGACAAGCUUUCAGAAAAUCUGAGCUUGAAACUGGUAUCACACAAGCUUUAAAAUUGUUUAUGUGAGCAGAGAAAGCUCGAGUCUGUAAAUUGAUCCCCUCGACGUAGUUUUCUGCAAAUAGAGCAAGUUAUGCAUAAUAGUAAAUUACCAAUAGUUAUUUUAGCAUUAAUAAGACUGCACAUCAAAUUUCCUUUAACACUUUCAAAAAUUUGUCCUGCAAAACACCAGCCUUAAAAGGUAUGAUAAAUGAUCCUUAAUUCAUUGAGCAAACUAAAGACAAUGCAAUAUACCACAGUCAAAAUCUAAAAUGAUAUACCAUGUAAGGAUAUUGUAAUAUUAAAAAUACCACUGACUGGAAGAAGACAUAAGUUGCGAUGCAACAGAAACUGAAUCUUUUAAACUUGCUUUGACAAUGAUGUAAUACAUUUCUACUUUUAUGGUCAGAACUGAACUAUAUAGCACAGUUCUGAUGCCUUAAGUGCUGCAGAACUACCAUGUUUGUCUCGUCCAACCUUCCUCUUAACUAGCGCCAAAACAAAAUAGCUGCUACAUCUGUCUAUAUAAUUGUCACUGCGCUUUAAAGUACUGAAUUUCAAGGUAUGAGAUAUGACUUGUUCGUGUCAGUUAAUUUAAAUAACUCUUCAAAUUCUCCAAUUUAUAACAUGCUAUCUUUGUAAUCUCCAAGUUUAUAGGUAUUCCUGUACCCUUUGGUUCUCCAAACUAUACAUUUGUCUGACAAAAUUACUCACAUCAUCGUCCUUGUUUCAAAAAGGACCUGCCCAAUGGCUCCACUUCAUGUAACCUUCAAAAAUUCAUUUUUCAAAUCAAUUUAAAGAUUAUAACGUGUGCAGUAAUUGGCGCAAUGAUUUCAUGUACAUCCCAAAAUUAAGUUUGACAUAUAGUCACUAGUGUCAGGUAAAGGUCUCACUAACAGCAAUGUUUGAUGACUAGGUAACUUUUUAAAAAAGUCAUAUCAGCUAAAGGAUAAAUAUUAGUCAAGCCACUGGAAGAACUACUUGUUUUUCUAGAUAAUUUAACAGAAUCUCAAACACUUCAGAUGGCAGAGGAGCCUCAGGUUAAUUCAAAAGAGAAUGAUACAUGUGAUAUAGUGAAGUUCAUGAUACUGAAUUAGAGCAUCAGUUUGAGAUAUGUGCUUUCAUCUCUGGUGAGGCCUGAUGCCACAAAUUUGGCUUCUCGGUCAAAUUUCUAUUAUCUUUUCCGACUGCAAUCCACACCCUGCCCAUUGCAGCAAUCACAACAUUGAGAUAGUGCAGCAAAAGUAGAGGGAAUAAAGAUAAAACUUGAAAGGUUUUACACAUUAAAAUUUCUAUAUAUUAACAGAAAUUGUUUACAGUGCUGUAAAUUCAUGUUGGAAUCUAGGCAAAUAUUGCUUGUAGAUCUUCAAACUUCCAAUUUCAUCUUAAUGUUCAAAUAUUUGAAUUUCAUGAUGUUGGAGAUUUUAUGUAGGAUUCAGGAGCAGAAAUGAGCCACUUGGGCUUUCAAGAGAGAAAAAUUCAGUUCCGCAAAUAACCCUCUCAUUUGUAUGCUUCAUGAGACAGAUGUUUUUCUUAAUUGGCUAGAUUAUUUUAAAGCUUUGAACUCACUGGUCACAAGUCUUAAUAUGUUGCACAAUUGAUGCAAAGACGUUUGGUACUCAGUUUAAGUUUCAUUGUUUUUUCUGGAACCAUACUCAGCUAAUUUGUACUCUUAAUAAAAAAGGACAAUGAAUUAAUUCCGAUUCAAUGCAGCUUAUUGGAUUGUAUAUUUCAUGACUACUCUAGAAACGUUUUACAACUGGCUGUGCUUAUCUUAACUCAUGGACUUUAUUUUUAUAAAUGGUUAGCUGAAACUCAUUGGGCCCAGCAAAAAAUUAUCUAGAGCUGAAUCCAGCUGUUCACUGCCUUAAUUCCUGCUUGCCAAACAUGUAUUCAACAUUCAUAAAUGUAGUUGUAUUGGAUGUUUUAGUAGUCUUGCAUAACUGCAGCAGUCAAAACUUUAUUGCUAAUUCAGUAAAAAUAAAUUUGAUUUUUUUGUUAAA